AAGCUAUGAAAGACAAAGGUCAGGGUCGUGUUAUACGACAAAAAUUCUCGCCGAAAAGAAAUAUUUAAAGCAAAAUCAAUGAAUAAAUAAGGAGCUUACCAUUCAUCAACACCCACGUCCGACAUCUUGACAUUUUCUUGCUGUACAUCAGGUCACGUGCUAUUAGAUCAAACAGAUAAUACUACAGUUAAACCUGUGUAUAAGGACAGCACUACGGAGAGGCAAUUAUAUACUUUAUUUGCAUAGGGUCUAAAAAUGUGUUUGGAUGUUACACUAAACUGCAGAUAUCAGAAAGAAUUAAGUGGUUUUUAAAGGGAAAGGCAAUGUUGUUUCGAUGUUAAUUCUAUCUGCUGGGAUUUCUUCAAUCAUUGAAAGAAGUGAAAGACUUAAAAAUGAGUUAUGAGCAUUUAGAUAUUUGAUCAAAAUGGCGGCCAUGUAGUUUCCAUGGCAACAAAAUUAAAUUGGCGGAUUUAUUAAAUUUAUAGACACAUAUUUGAUUUGUAUUUACUUAUUUCUGUAAGAUAAUUUCUCUAUUUUUUCCAGCAAUAAUGAAAGACGUAGCCAUGUUGUACAAUUUACACUCACGAGAAAUAUAAAAUUAAUCUAUUUUAAAGGUUAUUGGCUAAAUAAAGAAUUCAGCAGUGUGUUAUUGACGUCAUAAACACACAAAAUGGCUGCCUCCAUGAUCAGCAAUUUUCUUAAAUUUCAAACUGUCAUAUCUUUUUCAACAGAGGUUCGAUUUUAAUUUUUUUCAGCGUUAUGAAAGACUUUGGGGUGGCUUUCAGAUGAAAUAAACUUACUGUUAGGCUUUCCUUGUUCUUUAUAGCCAGCUGGUUUAUGAUAAGGUGGUCUUUAGCACGGAUUAGGUUGAUUCGUUGGUUUGUGACCGAAACUCAAUCAUGCACAUGGACAUUUCUUUAUAAGGAUUAUCAACGAACUGUAUAACUUUGGAUGUUAUUUAAAUGUAAAUGUUUAAGCGGCGCCUAUAAUAUGAUGAUGCAGCUGGGCAGUGAUAAAACGCCGGAAUACACAAUCUAAACACACUUGUACGUCACACACACCUGCCCUGCCUCUAGCUGUUUCAUAAUUUAGAACCUUUUUACAGUCAUUCUCACCAAAUACGAGAAUCUUUCAAAUUGCUUUUCUGCAUAGAUAGCAUAUAGUUUACGCCCAGCAAACGUCCGAGAAAUAUUCGCUUUCGCGGUUUAACCGUCACCUCAAUGCUAUGCAGUCUAAACAUCUACGUUAAAGAUUCUUAUGUUUAUAUCCGUCAUAUUAUCAAAUUUCAGCAAAGAAAGGACCUGAAAUAAAGAAAUGAGAGCAUAUUUCCGCGUAUUUAUGGAACACCCCUCGAACGUUAAAGAUUGAAAGCUGUCUGACAUUACCAGUUCAGCGAAAACUUGAGAAACAAUGGACUAUAGGCGACUUAUACUAUUUACUGUAUCAACGGUCGUAGUAUAUUUGAGCCGCGCCAUGAGAAAACCAACAUAGUAGGUUUGCGACCAGCAUGGAUCCAGACCAGCCUGCGCAUCCGCGCAGUCUGGUCAGGAUCCAUGCUGUUCGCUUUUAAAGCCUAUUGGAAUUGGAGAAACUGUUAGCGAACAGCAUGGAGCCUGACCAGACUGCGCGGAUGCGCAGGCUGGUCUGGAUCCAUGCUGGUCGCAAAGCCACUAUGUUGGUUUUCUCAUGGCACGGCUCAUUUGGCAAACGCACUCACUGCACCAAAUAUUCCACCUGGAGAAAAAGACCCAUUGUUUUGGAGGAACUUGGCAAAGGACAGAAUACAAAAGAGAAAGCAACAAGUGGAAAUCAACAAAAUAGCAAAGAACUUGAUAUUGUUUAUCGGGGAUGGUAUGGGUCCAACAACAGUUACGGCAGCUAGAAUACUCAGGGGACAACUGAACAACCGCCCAGGAGAGGAAAGUGUGCUUGCCUUUGAGGAAUUUCCCAAUGUAGCAUUAUCUAAGACAAAACCGCUGGCUCAGCAGGGACCGCUACUGCCAUACUUAGUGGUGUGAAAACUAACUAUUUUAUAGUAGGUCUUGAUGGCCGGGCAACAGUGAGCGACUGUUUCAGCGCAGAGGGAAAAGAAGUAGAAACGUUAG